AUGGACGAUCUGAGCUCUACGUAUUUCAUGACUGAUAUCUUGUCCGCGGUGACUCUCGGCUGUCUUACGAGCGUAUUUUUGAUAGUUGCGAAAUCUUUCGCAUGCCAUAAAAGGGUUAAGAUAAAUAUAAUAGGCGAAAGUAUAAAUUGGCGGCGAGCAUGUUUGGACGAUCUAUCUGGAGAAGUGGGCUGUGGCAAGUGGAAUAACGACGAGGAGCAGCGGGAGGACCAACGAGAAGAAGGAAAACAGCUUGUUUUAUCGCUGACAAUGAGAAAUCUCUUGAAUACCUCGUUGGCUGCGUGCAAGCGUGGAAGAAAAAGUGUGAAAUAAAGUAAGAAGUAGCAGGGAGAAGUAGCGUGAAUGUGUAAAUAAGAACGUGUAAAUGAAAGCGUCAAUGAAAGUGUUUGAAAAGCGUUUUGCGUAAAGCAGGUAGUGAUAAAAACGUUGAAGUAUAGGGUGAAAGGACGAGGUGUGUAAUAAAGAUGCGUAAAUGAAAUAAACGCGUA